GUGCUGUUUGAUCAUAUGGGAUGUUUAAAGAAGUAUGAAACUGUGCAAGACAUCUUGAAGGAGUUCUUUGAUUUGCGAUUACAUUAUUACAGCUUACGCAAGGAAUGGCUUGUGGGAAUGUUGGGUGCAGAAUCUACGAAGCUUAACAAUCAAGCUCGUUUCAUUCUAGAGAAGAUACAAGGAAAAAUUACCAUAGAGAACAGAUCAAAAAGAGAUUUGAUUCAGAUGUUGGUCCAGAGAGGUUAUGAAUCUGAUCCUGUAAAAGCCUGGAAAGAAGCACAGGAAAAGGCAGCAGAAGAGGAGGACCCACAGAAUGCAAAUGAUGAUGCUUCCUCUGCUUCUGGCUCAACUUCUGGCCCUGACUUUAACUAUAUCUUAAACAUGUCACUGUGGUCGCUCACAAAAGAGAAAGUGGAAGAGUUAAUAAAGCAUAGAGAUUCAAAGGAGCGAGAACUAAAUGACCUUAAGAGGAAAUCUUCUUCAGAUCUCUGGAAAGAAGAUUUAGCAGCCUUUGUUGAAGAGCUUGAAAAAGUAGAAGCACAGGAAAGAGAAGAUGUUUUGGCUGGCAUGGUUGGCAAACCAAUAAAAGGCAAAGUUGGUAAACCCAAGAUGAAGAAACUUCAGUUGGAAGAGACCAUGCCAUCACCAUUUGGCAGAAGAAUAGUUCCACAGAUUACAUCUGCCAUGAAAGCUGAUGCCAGUAGGAAACUGCUGAAAAAGAAAAAGGGUGAAACUGAUUCUCUAGCAAUAAAAAUGGAAUUUGAUGAAGAAUUUGGUGGUGUGCCAGCUGAGGGUGGAGGGGAUGACUCAUUGAAUACAUCAGCCACAGCAACUAAACCCCCUAAACCUAAGAGAGAGAAGAAGGAGCCUGGUACUAGGGUAAGAAGAACACCAUCAUCAUCUACAAAAUCCAGUGCGAAAAAAGUGAAGAAACGAAACCCUUGGUCAGAUGAUGAAUCCAAGUCUGAAAGUGAUUUAGAAGAAAAUGAGCCUGUGAUUAUUCCAAGAGACUCUCUGCUUAGGAGAGCUGCAGCUGAGAGGCCCAAGUAUACUUUUGACUUCUCAGAAGAAGAUGAUGAUGCCGAUGAUGAUGAUGAUGAUACCAACAAUAAUAAUGAUUUGGAUGAGCUCAAAGUAAAAGCCUCUCCAGUUACAAAUGACAGAGAGGAUGAGUUUGUUCCCUCAGACAGUUUGGAAAAAGAUGAAUAUGACUUCUCACCAGCCAAAUCAAAGCCAUCUCCAGAAAAAACGUCUCAAGACAAGAAAAAUCAAGAUUUUGGGAACAUCUUCUCUUUUCCAUCUUACUCGCAGAAGACAGAUGAUGAUACAACAAAAUUGGACAGUGAUGAAGAGGAUUCUGCUCCUGUUUUCUCAUCAUCUUUUGCCCCCAAACAAGCAGAGAAAAUUCCAAGUAAAACAGUAGCUGCUAAAAAAGCAAAACUAGAUGCGCCCCCUAAACCUAAAAGAGCUCCCAAGGCCAAGAAGGUGGAAACCAUAAACUCUGACUCAGAUUCAGAAUUCGGCAUCCCAAAGAAGACUGCAGCACCCAAAGGUAAGAGUAGAGGGGCAAAGAAAAGGAAAGCAUCCAGUUCAGAAAAUGAAGGUGAAUACAACCCUGGGAAGAAAACAUCUAAAUCAACACCAAGCAAGAAAUCCAAGAAGGCUGCUUUUGACCAGGAUUCUGAUGUGGAAAUCUUUCAGUCAGGCUUUGCCUCCGAAACUGCCCCAAAGCCUCGGACAGCCCGGGCUAGAAAAGAAGUUAAAUAUUUUGCAGAGUCUGAUGAAGAUGAUGCUUUUGAUAUGUUUGAUUAAGUGCCCAAAGAGCACACAAAUGAUUUCCAACAACUAUCUUGUGUUGUCCUUUUGUCCCUUCUGUCGCAAACUUUUGUACAUUUGACUUAUUUUAUGUGAUAAUGUAAUUGAUGGUUUUUAUUAUUGUGUGUAGGCAUUUUAACAUUUUGUUCUUACACCUACAAUUUUAUGCUCUUUUUUACUCAUUGAAAUGUCAUGUAUUUGUCUGACUGGCUUGUAGAGAUGUUCUAGACAGCUGUGCUAAAGCACAUUUUAAUUGUUAUGGUUGCAAACAGCAAACCUGCUUUUUGAAAUGAAGUUUAAACAUUAAAAAAUGGAAAACUA